CCUUUGACGGAAAUUUUUGACAUGCAAAACCAACACCGAAAGGAUAGUAACCACAGUGGGUUUUCAACAGAUACAGAAGAAGAUAAGAACUCAUUCGAAAAUCCCCAAGAAAUUGGUGCCUACCGGGAAGUUGACUUGUCUGUGGAUGACAAAAGCAGUCAGCAAGAGAUGGAAGAAACCAACUCUUUUGUUUUAGAAAAUGAAGAGGAGCCAGUAAACUCCACCACUUCAGAAGAGGAAGAACAGCUGGACCUUAUCAACAGACCUGAAGAAGGCUUUUUAGUAGCCGGUAGUCUCUUAUUCACGGCUCAAGUUACUUUAGUAUCAGAAUGGGAGUUGGAUAAUCCUGUGGUAGACUACAACUCGAGAAAGGCAACCGGAUAUGUUGGUUUGAAGAAUCAGGGAGCUACUUGUUAUAUGAAUUCUUUGUUGCAGACUUUAUUUCAUUUAGGAGAAUUUCGGAGGGCAGUAUAUCGCAUGCCAGUGCUAAAUAGUUCUUCAGAUAACAGCCCUGAUCUUUUAACUUAUGCUCUACAACGAGUUUUUUAUGAUUUACAGUAUUGUCCAACAGUAGUCAAGACGAAGAGAUUGACGGAUAGUUUUGGUUGGGAUAAUGCCGAUGCUUUCACACAACAUGAUGUACAGGAGUUGAAUCGAAUCCUAUGCGAUGCUUUAGAGGAGAAGAUGAAGAGAGAAGGGGGAGAAGAUGGAGUGAACAUCAUUCAGCGACUAUUUGAGGGCAAGAUAUUGAAUUAUAUCAAAUGUAUUUAUGUUCCAUAUGAAAGUUCUCAUGUAGAGACAUUUUAUGAUCUUUCCCUGAAUGUGCGUGGUUGUGCUGAUAUAUAUGAAUCCUUUGAAAAGUAUACAGAAGUUGAAAUCAUGGAUGGGGACAACAAAUAUCGUGCUGAAGGUUAUCAAGAACUUCAGGCAGCCAAGAAAGGUGCGGUGUUUAUUACACUUCCUCCUGUUUUACAGUUACAUUUGAAGAGAUUUGAGUACGACUUUGCACAUGAUAUGAUGGUGAAGAUAAAUGAUCAUUACAAGUUUUAUGAGACGAUAAACUUGAAUUCCUUUGUGAGCCGAGAAGAGUCGAUGGAACCAUCCAAUGUGGAUUACACUUAUGAUUUGCAUGCUGUUUUGGUUCAUAUGGGAGAUAUUUAUGGUGGACAUUAUUAUGCAUUUAUUCGUCCUCAUUUAUUACAAGACCCUGAUGGUUGGUACAAGUUUGAUGAUGACUUGGUAUUAAAGUCAGAUAGACAUCAAGCUAUUGAAGAAAAUUUUGGCGUUGGUGGACAAAAAAUUGCACCGGAAGAGGAGAAAGAACAAGAGGAGAGAGACCGCAAGUCGAGAACGUUGAAUGGAUUAACUCCACCCGAGUUACAGCCACCACGUUCACGUCAGUCUAUGGUGAGAAAAUUUGCCAACGCAUAUAUGUUGCAAUAUAUUCGAAGAGAUAAAAUUCAAGACUAUUUAACACCUCUUAAAGAUGCUGAAGUACCUCAUGAGUUGAUUGAACGCCUUGAAAAGGAGAAGGAAGAAGAAGCUUUGAGAAAGAAGGAAAGAAUGGAAGCCCAUUUAUACUGUACUUUUAUGGUUGUCACUGAUAAUGACUUGUUUCAGUAUCGAGGAACUGAUUUGCUUCCACGCUCUGGGCUGUACAAGUUAAAGAUGCGAAAAAGUACCACUUUGAAAGAACUCAAGGAUUCUCUCUUUUCUCGUGGCCUUGUAAAGGAUCCAACAAUGAUACGAAUAUGGCGCUGUUUCCAACGUGAUAAUGAUACAAUUCGUACACAGUUUCUAUUGGCUGGAAGUAGAGAAAACAGCAGUGUUUUAGAGGAUCCGGGUUAUCAGAAACCGGAUGGAACUUGGGAAGCUCGAGUAUUGGAUGAAAGCUUGGUCCCCAUUUACGUUGAAGAUUUGUCAUUGAAUGAUGGAAGAAGUGAUCGAAUAAGAGCGCUUUCACUACCAAAGUCUUUGAAUGUCGCUGUAGCUGCUGACGAAAUGUUGUUAUUCUUCAAGCUCUAUACACCAUUUCCAACUGCUGACUAUCGCAUUAUUGGAAAACAAAUUAUGAAACAAAAUGAUGUUAUUGCUGAUGUAUUGGCUGUGAUAAAGGAAUUGAUGGGAGAAAGUAGUUUCAACCAAGAAAUGUUACUCUUUGAAGAAAUAUCUCCAAGAAAUGUUCAAAAAUUGGAUGACAUAUCUCGAACUUUGAAGAGUUAUAAGAUAGGUUGUGGAGAUAUCAUAGUUAUCCAACCAGUUCCUUUACCAUUGGAACAUGAACAAGUCAAACAGAUAAUCGACUCGGGUGCAAGAUAUUUGCCAACUGUAUUGGACUUUUUCGAAUAUUUGAUGAAACGAGUGGAUGUGGAAAUACGCAAUAUUCUCGAACCUCAUAAGCCGGGAAUUAUUUUGGAUAUGAUGGUAACUGAUACUUAUGAACAAAUGAGAGAUCGAUUCUGUAAGUUAAUACGGGCAAGUAUUGACCCUGAAUAUAUUCGAUUCUUUCCAAUGGAUCCUUAUCGAAUGCAGCCACGUUCGUUUCCAUUUACUUUUUCUGAAAGAAAUGAAAGUUUUCAAGACUGGAUUCGUUCUUUUGCUGUUCGCACUCCACCUGGUAGAGUUUUGUAUUAUCAAAGACUGGCGUAUGCAGCUGUACAAUAUGAUGAAAAAGAUGAAUAUACCGUUAUUUAUCGAGAAGACAGUGGUCGAUGUUUGAAGGAAGAUGAAAGUUUCACAGAUAUUCAGGAAUGUCUCUUUUCCACUACAGACCAAGUUCUGAAGGAGAACAAUUGUGGAAAUGGAAUCGAGUCUGGUGUGAAGAGUCAUCGAACGAAUAUUUUGAGUAUUUUAUUGCCACAUCACUCUAAAGUGUUGCACUUAUUGCAGCGCAUUCGAGAGCUUUUAAAUCUUGCAAUGGAAAUAGAAUUGCGACUGGUACUUGUACAGGAUCAUCGCAUCGUUCGAUAUUGUUUACCGGAUGAAGAAAUACCGGAAUGGCGUCCAGGAACUGGAAUGAUGAUGAGAGUAGAGCCUUGCGAAAGAGAAUUAGAGGAUAGCAUUUGGGUAUCGGUAGUUCACGUUACCAAGGACCAUAAGCAGUUAGGAGGAUAUGAUAUCUUUGGAGUUCCAUUUCUCUUACAAGUUCCUCAAUCAGGUGAUACAAUAGAAGAACUGCGAAGACGAUUGGCAAGAACUUUACAAGUGAAAGAAGAAGAAGCAGAAUCUUGGAAGCUCCACGAAAUUCAGGGCGAUAAUCUUCGUUCUUUACCUAUGGAUCCUGAAGUUGUUUGGAUACCUCAUUCUCCGGCCCAAGGCAAUGUGUUUUCUUAUUCUCUUGCUAUUGAAAGAAAGAAUACUUCGAAACGGCUACACUUGUCAUCGAAAGCUUUUGGAGAUAAACCUUUGAAGAUACGUGGUUAAACAAGAUUCCCAACUUGGUUCUUUCCCUAGUCCAUUUCUUCUCGGAAUAAAUGGAAGGGUUGCUCA